CCCCCCCCACUGCUAAAAUUGGCUCGGCGGCAUCUUUCGAGAGAGCGAGGAAGCCAUUCCCCGUGCGUGUUACGCGUCGUCAGAAGUGUGCGCGGGCGCUCACGCUUCAACAACGACACUAGAGUCCGUCCUCAUUCCACCCCAGCGGCGCAGAGAUGAGUGUGGUAUUCGAAAAGCUCCGCAAUAGCGCCGCGUCGCGUCGCGAGGCCGUGUGCUGUGGAGUGGGUUCACCUCCACAGCGAACUUAGAGACGCUAGGUAGUUUAUGUUUGGAGACUUGAUGUCACGUCCUUCGCGAGUGUGGUGCAGUCGCAACUUAGAAUCUCAGGCUUUCGAAGUAUACGUAGUCCGAAGUCUGUGCAGGCGUGAUGAAUCGCUGCAGGGGUUCAGCUCCGUUGUGGUGUAGGAGGACCUGGUUCGAGAACCGGUGGUGUCUACGAAAGGCUACACAAAUGAAAAACGUGCGUGGUUGGGGUGUUCAUGUUCUGCAACGUAGUGUUAUUUUCCGGAAUUCGACACUCCAUGGUUCUAGUAUUAUGUAACUUUAAUCCCACUCGCUGGGUCACAGUCUUUGAGUCGAUCCAGUGGCGCAUAUCGCGGAGCUGCUGGAGGAUAUUGGCAUUUUUGGACAUGUUAGCGUGCGAAUAUGGUUGGUUGGUUGGUUUCUCCAGAUAUGGACGUAGUUGACACUGUCCUCAUCAUUGUUCCGCUCUUCUGAAUUGUGUAGCAGAAUUCGAGCGGCACUUCCGAAGUCACGGAGCCACUACUGGAAGCUGUGAGUACGCUCUGAUGUGUACUUCCGUAGAUUUCUUCUAAAUCUUUACAUAAUCGUGUCAUUGAUACUUUCCUCUUAGAGUGCUUGCGUUAGCAAAUGCAUCCCAGGACGGGGUUUCAUGCCAUUUGCCUCCCUAUCGCUCAGCCUCAUGCACACUCUACAUAGCCAAGCGUCUUAAAGGGGGGCAAUUAUCUGUAUUUCUGUCAAUCCUUCGAAUUAUCUUACAGGGAAUUGUGAAGUACGGCUUAGGCAUCCAGGUCCAAUUACUGUGAUAUCUUCUGUAUUUUUUUUUAUGACUCGAGCUUCGUGAAACCAACUAGAACCUAUCACAACGUUGAGCAGCUGAGGUUCCAACCGUACGUAUGCCCAUUCCUUCUCACUCAUCUUUUGUGAAACUUUUGCUUGCUAGGAAUAUAUCUCCUCCCACUGGUGACAGUAGCUAUAUUAGUAGUCUAGUUCCUAAUUCCGCAUGCGCGCGAUCAUGUGGAAGUGCCGUCAUAGAAAGUGUGACAGUUCAAGAGUUGGAAAGCGAAAACAAAUCUGUCGACAUGCACAAGCAUACUAGCCAUGUAAGCAAUUGGUUAAUCCUCUUGCAAGUGAAGGUGAUUGAAGAGAGAAAUGCCUUUUCCUGGCUCCAUCGUUAGAAAAUCGAAAUGAAGCAGCACGCGACGCACCCAGUCACCGUGAACUCUAUUACAAAGUGUUGUAAUGGAAGAUUGGUACCUUAACCAAUUGAAUUCAAUUAUUAGGCCCGACGAAGGGAUGGCGAGCUUUUUCUCCCCAGUGAAGCGUCCUUCAUCAGUGUCAAAUUUGAGAGAUCCUGCUUAGAAUGCGACUUGGCUGGAGGCCGAACUUACUUGACGCAGUUUCAAGCAGGCGAGAAUCUCUUUGUUGUAUGUGAACUGCAAUCACUUUUAGCCGAGUGGUUUAGAGAUGCGACUUGCGUAGGAAAUGGUUUACUUGCAUUUCGUGGACAAGAUACGAAGGUCAUGUGUGCCCAGUGCUCUGGAGAGAAAUUAGCGAGUGGUAAUUCUUGAAGAGACCUGUCAGGUGUAAGGAGUAACUAUUCAGAUAGAAUUCUUCUAGUGAUCAGGACGAUAAAUGUCGUGAUUGUCAGUGGAAGGAGGAAAGAACCCGAAGGAAAUGUCGGUUAUUCGGAGUUUAUUAGGCUUGUCGGGCGACUGAGAUCGUGACCAGGCUCCUACAUCACAGAUACGGGUAGAGGUCGUUUGAGCUACUGCCUACAUUGCUACAUCAGCUUGAUAGCCAGAGCCAUGGAGUCGGACUGUGUUACCGAUUACAAUUGUCCAGCUUCCUGCACGAGUCGUUUUCCAGAUCUGCAGGGGGAGGGUAGGACGGUGUACACGAUUAAUCUGUCGACGAUGGGCGGACCUGGAUUGCUUGCGGUCUUAUCGCAAUGUCAGAUGACUAGAUUUGAAACCUCCUGCAUAUGUCAGCAAGUAGUCAGUCCCCCCCACGCUGUUUCUGUGCAUGUGCAUGCGGGGUUGUCUGUCAAGCCUACAGCGAUGGCUCGUGCAGUUUUCUGUUGUACAUUAAUCUUUCGGAAUGUGAUCUCUUCCUGUCCAUCGCCCACUUCUUUUGACGAGUGAAGUCAGAGUCCCUUGGAGGCUUUUUGCUUUCGCGCCUCAAUCUGGAUCCAUAGCGCUCAGCACCGUGCUUACACACUUGUUGAGAUCCUCUUCAGCAACCUAGUCAAGAAUUUCUGCCUGAGUCCUCUUCUGUAGAAAGACACCAAUAGACAUCAGUCGUAUUCUUCCUGUUCAGCUUUUGCCGCAUGUCAAGUCGGUGAAGGUUCGGAUGAUUGAGACACUAGCUUUUAAGGUUGCUCUAUGCCGUCUACUUACCUACUGCGUCUCGGAGCUUUCAAAAUUCGGUAAAAUUCUACAGUUUAAGUGGCUGGCCGCAUUAUGUCUUUAGAUUGUAGGGACCCGAGUGUCCCGAUAUUUUUUAUUGGUGGGACGCAUUCCAAAUGUUGUCUCACGUCAGAGGUGCACCACACGUCUUACACUGCUUAAUCGCCUACAUUGUGCAGACCAACAGCAGGCGGAUGGGCUUGCACAACUUCAAAGCUGCACCAGCGGCAUGUGAGAUGCGAAAGCUUACUGAAAGCGAGAUUCCCAAGUUCUGGUUGAUGGAAAUGGUGCAUGUGUGGUUCCAAACUCGAACAAGGCGGCUGAAGCUAUUGCCGCGGAAGACAACGACGACCGGACAUGAUCCAUCGGUCUUGUGAUUCCGAUUAAGGAGUAGCAUUCUUUUAGCAACAUGUCGCAACAGGACUCAGCUUCAAGCUGAACAGAGAUGGGUCUUCUGAAAAUAUUGCGUUCGCCUGCUCCCAACAGAACUUCCUCCUCCAGUCCGAAAAAGUGUGAGGCAGUCUUACCAUGUGCAUUGUUGAAGUGGUCUUGAAUGCCACUAGAAGUGCAGGACGGAGCCAAGGAAGCCUUUCUGGGACAAAAGUACGCGCAAGUUCUAAGAAUCCAUGAGGAUAAUCAAGGUAGCUGAGAUCUCUGAACCCAAGAUCAACAUUUCUGUAGUUGCUAAAAAAACUCAUUUAGUACACUGGAUGAUUCUUUGGAUCUCCAAAGGUGAUAUUAUCAGGCGUGGCUCAAGCAUGAAUAUUUCUGCGAAUUUCAGUGAAACUCCAACCGUAGCUUCACUUGGAUACCGGUGCUGUGCGCAACUUCUGCGCCUCCCCUUCAGAAAGGGAUACUGUCUCUUCACGUUUAUCGAUUCUCAGUCUUUAGAUCAAAAUUCAAUCAAUUAAAUAUAGGUCGCGUCCACAAGGAAGACGCUUGACCAUGUUUUUUUCCACGCUUGAGUCAAUUCAGUACGUCUCUAUUGUCUCA